GUUCGAGAAUUGUUGUAUCGCAUAUUAGCCUGUCCGGUGGAUGCCCUAUCCGGUCCCAUACGGGCCGUUCGGGCCGAAAGUACCAUUGAUAUUCUAACUCAGACCACCAAACGUGUCAUUCCUGAUACCUUUUCAAUUUCGCAAGCGACUGGUGCGGCUUUGAGAAAGUUUGCCAGUGAGCUUGAGCACAGCACUAACGCUUCCACCAGUGACACCACGACCACGACCACGACAACGACGACCACAACCACCACCUCUGAACCAUCCCACAGUACGCCGCAGAACAGUAAAAACGCAAGCACCAGUUGUGUCAUACGUUAUCCGGAACUAUAUCGCUUCUUGGCCGCGGCGAUACGAAAUAAACCGUUUCCAGCAUUAAACCGUUUCGAGUCAUCUGCAAUGUUGGACUUGUUGGCUUGUCUCGUUCGUGUGAUGGAACUGGUACAAAACGAGGUCCAAAGUAGUAUUCCUCCUGGUGCACCGGCAUCUGUUGGUGCAUCCCUAUCAUCCAAUACUCGCAAAUCCCGCGAUGAUAGGUUUCGACGGUCUUGGGAAGCAGUUUCAAAAAGAAUUAUAGAACAACUGGGAAGCUACUUAGCGGCAUGUGCUGCGAAACAGUGGACCCCCGCGUUGUCCACUCGAACGAAUGAUCAAUCCGUGUCACUUGUACAACGGUGUCCGGUCGCUCCUUCGUUCAUCUUGGAUGUGGCGGAACCACCAAAAUCUGCCGCGGCCCAUAGAGCUAUGCUCCAAUUGAUGAUCGAUCAAGUAUUCAACAACUGGCCAUGUAAGUAA